UUUCCAGUCACUCUGGCCUACUCCUGGGGCCCACGCGUUCGAGUACGCGUUGAACGUGCAACCACAGAACUUGACUUCCGAGGCACUCCUUUCAGCGAUAUGAGAUGAGAUGCGAUGGAGACUACGCUCGCGAUGAUGUCGUUCUUUGAAGAGCGGCCUCAUGGUGCUUUCAGAAGGCAAUAGACAUGCGUGCACGCUUGUCGAAGCAGACGUCUAUUGUCUUUUUGUCCUUUACGUCAGUCCAUCUGGAGUACUACUGCGACUAUGAAGCGUCCCUCCCCGCUACUUGAUUUCUCUCUCAUCCACGACGGACCAUCGCACCUGCUUCUACUAGACAACAUCGCCAUCUCAAUGCAUCUGCUCAAUGCUCUCCGCCGACAGCUUGAAAAGCGUUACCUCCAACUUCCGCCUCAUCUCACCAAAAAAACCGCGCAGGAGGCCCCUCCUCCUCGUCGUCGAACGCUCUUGGGGACCGCUGCGAGGCUGAAACUACCACCCCCGGGAUCAGUGAAAGCAUCCAUCAGCAACACUGUCCGUGGCUGGACAUCCCGUCUGCGACCAGCGCGUGUCUCUAAUGCACCGAAUGAAAAGCAGACUCCCCGGACCCUCGAGUUGGAGCGGGGCUGGCUGGAAAGAGAUCGUGUCGUUGUUCACGGGAGUCUGAAUGAGGAGCUUGAUAGGCAGCGGGCGUUGAAGAGGAAACGAAGCUGCUGCGACGACGAUAAAGUUCCAGAAGAGCCGCACUCCUUCAAGAGGCGAUCGCCGGCCCUCUCCAUCGUGCAUUCACCGCCGACUCGGGCACUACCUGCUCCCCCCGUUCUCUCCGCCCACCACGACGUCGAUCUCCCUCUCACUUUGCUGGGCAGCGAACUGCGCAUUCCGCUUCUCACUGAUCAAUGCGCGGACGCUUUUGGCGUACUGCUACGCGCCACGCAUCCACCGGUCGGUAUUGUGGAUGCGCAGUCUGAUUCGCUCGAGGACGAGGACGAAGACCUUGGACAGUCAGAGUUGUUGACUUUACAAGAGUGGUCUGUAUCCGACCGGGAUCACCCAGUGCCGUUGAAGCUUAUGCUAGUCCGAUCCGCUUCUCCAUAUGAGCACCGCUGCAAACCAGAGCUUCAGCAGCCUCGUUCUUCGUCGCCUGACCCUCUCGGCUUCGAUACGUUCCGUGACCCUUCUCCGAGUUCUCUUCUCGAUCAGUCUCGCUGUGAAGCGCAAUCUGUUAGUGAAGGAGAAUCAGACUGGACGGAGUAUAGCGAAUGCUCCCAUGCACCGUCGAUUUCAUCGCUCUCAGCAACAUCUGUAUGA